UUGUGAAUAAAAACCUUAAAAAGACCUAUAAAAUCAAAUCCAUUAAGUUAAAUGAAAAAGGGUGUGUUCAAACACACCCCUUUUAAUAAUGAAAAGGAGUGGUCUUUUCUUCCCCAUAUUUUUACUCAGUUAUAAUGGCAACGUUUUACGCGAACCCCAACGAUGAAAAUGAGCCGUGGAUAGAAAAAGCAGCCAUCGAUGGGCUUUCUUUCCGUGUAUGGCACGUUAUGUUUUUUUGCUUCUCCGGAUUCGUAGUCUCAGGUACUAAAAUUAAUAUAAUCACAAAAUGUGUUAAAAUCGUUCCAUUUUUAGUCAUUUUAAUCGGUUGUUGCGUUAAAAUCAGAGUUCCACGCACCAAGCAAGAAAUAGAAGCAGAUUAUCGCCGAAAAAAGCUAGCUGAUAAGUUUAAAGAGCGAUUAAAGAUGAUUCAAAACCAAGAAAUGGAUGAAAUUGAUUUAGAGAGAGCUUUAGAUAUUAUCCGGGAAGAUUAUAAAGAAGAAUCGCGUUCAAUUGAGUUAAAUCCGGGUUAUUCCGAUUUCAACGUUGGCUUUGAGAACGUUUCUGAAAACUUAAAAGGAGAACCACAAGUUAAAAUGAAUUAAAAAUUAACGUUUUG